UUUGUAUUGAGUAAAUGCGGAAUCAGAACAAGGAAUAUUUGAUUGACUAAUAUGGCUGGGAAGGGCAGAGGUAUAGCAGCAUUCUCCUUCCAUGUCGAGGCCCUGGGCAUCACCAGAGGGUCCAUGCCUGAAUCUCAGAAAGGACCCAAACCACUCUUCCCACAAAUUGAAUAUAAACCAGGGCCUCUGAAAGCUGGAGAAGAUGAGGACUAUAUGAGAGCUUUGAAACAAGAGAUGAGAGGUCGAAUGAAAGACCUCCCUUUUAACAUUAAACCCCACUCAGGAAAGGGUGAUGUGGAGAGGUACAAGGAAAAAUAUGCAAAGGAAAUUAAAAAAAUCGAGGAUGACGAUUGGACCCCAGAUUGGAACUGUCUUCCAAAAGAGCUGAAGCCACAGAGGAAGAUCAUUCGAAGGAAAACGGAUUCUAAGGAAUCCAAAAAGAUCUCAAGUAAAGACAAGGAAGAUGUGCUGAGUAAACUGAAUGAACUUGAGAAAAAGGGCGAUGCAAAAUCAGAUGAGGAGGAUGAGGCAAAGGGAGAGAAGAAAGCAGAUGAGGAAGAAGAGGAGGAACAGGAAAUCGAAGGAGACCAUGAUGAUGAAGAGCUUGAAGAGGAAAACGACUACAUAGCAAGCUACUUUGAAGAUGGUGAUGAUUUUGGAGCAGGAAGUGAUGACAACAUGGAUGAAGCCACUUACUAGCUGAAUGAAACUUUUUUUUGGUUGCUUGCACUAAAUUAUAAAGUUCUCCAUAACAUUUAUGUAUUAUAGAGAAUAUUAUAGAAA